AUGAAAGUUGGCAUCGUGAACGCAGGCAAUAUUGGAUUGCGUCUGGCUUUUGCCUGGAUACGCCUUGGCCAUGAUGUCAUGCUCAGCAAAGACACACAUCCAGAACGGCUUCGAGCGCGCGUUAGAGAAUUAGCCUCAGAGAAGGGCAUCGGAGAGAAUGAGAUAGCCCGGUUUCACUACGGCUCAAUGACGGAUGCUGCGAAAUUCGGCGAAAUUGUCAUUCUGUCGGCAUACUUCCCACGCUUGGCUCAUAUUCUCAAAGAGCUCCAGAAUGACGGCAUUACGCUUUCGGGUAAACUGGUGAUUGAUACAAUGAAUCCGCUAAAUGUGGAUGCCAACUUCAAUCAUUACCAUGACCUCAAGUACAUGGAAACAACCUCCAUCACGCAAGAGGUUCAGAGAGCCUUUCCAGAGGCAAUACUUUUCAAAGCCUUCAAUUCUAUACCAGCAUCACUCUUGGAAGUCCAGAAAUGGGCAUCUGGUCGUGUGCCACCUAUAAUCUUCAUUGGUGGAAAUGCAUCUUCUAUCGGCACAGUUCGAAAGCUUAUUGAAGAGGCCGGAUUCAAGCCACAGUUUGCAGGCUAUGAUUUGCAUCAUUCAGGAUUGCUGGAGCGGUUGGGCGUAUUGUUACAUCUGUUGGUGGAGAAUGAAUAUGAGGGCAACAUGAAUGUUGUGUUCGAUGUCAUGAAAGGAAAGGCCUGA